GUGGGGCUUUUCACAGCUGAUUCUGACGUUCAUCUGUGUGCUUUUGUAAACAUUCACUAUUCCACUAUCCACUAUUUAAAAUAUUCCUAAGCUAGAACCGAUGUGAUUUUACCCUGUGUAGUUUUAAAUAAAUCAGCAACAUGAAAGGGAUACGGACCUUUAUUUGUGUCGUCACUAUGCUGACUCUGAGGACUCUUGCCAGCGAUAUCACCCCUUUGGUUUUUGGGGGCUUUACUGAAGGAAUGCCUGCAGCAUUUGGGGACUUCAACUCCGAUGAACUUACGGAUGUGUUUGUUGUUUUAGAAAACAAUAAAGCUGUAGAAAUUUUGCUCGCCCAUGAAGAAGAGCCGCUUUUAAGACAAGCCAAAGAUCGUCUAAGAUGCGUUUUCAGCAAUUCGCAUAUAACCAGCGUUGUUCCAGGUGAUUUUGAUGGAGACGCUCUUAUGGAUGUUAUGGUGACGACUACUUUUAAACGAACAGAACAAGACACCGAUACCACAUCAUUAACAAAUGUGUACAUUCUAUGGGGUGGCGCAAAUCACUUGAAUUGCACUACAGAUGAAGACAGCCCAGUGAUUCAAAUGAUCGGACAACCUUUGGCUAUGGACUACAACCAGGACAUGAUAAUAGAUUUGUUCGGUCAAAACAAGAAAAAGGAGCGCAUGUUUUGGAUUUUUAAUAAAGACCGGUCCGUGGCCCAUACAGCCAUCCCCAUGUAUGAUAAUAUAAGCCGGGAGGAGUUGAGUCGUCCUCAUGCCCAUGCAUUUUUGGACCUAAACCACGACUACAUGGCUGAUCUUUUCAUAACGACCCCCACUCAGUUCGAGGUGUGGCUGGGUCAUGAGAACGAACCAAAGUUCACGUACAACAACACUAUUAAACAUCCGGAAAACAGUAAAAUAAUCGGACAAUCGCUGUUUGUUGAUGUAGAAUUAAAAGGAUCCAUGGACUUGGUUACUCCAGUUUGUGCCGAGCAGCAGAGUAAUGGAAACUGUAAAGGCGCCGCCCUAAUGGUUUACUCUGAGGGUCAGUGGAUCAACCUUCAAGUGAAUUUCAAAGACGAUGCAGGGAAUUUGUGGCAGUUUUAUCUAAAACAAGGCAGUAGAUAUACCAAUGUAAUAACUUUGAGGAGCGGCGAUUUUAACAUGGAUGGAUACCCGGAUAUUCUGGCAACAUUAGCGCAGGAAAAUGUCGAUCAUCCACAGUCAUUUCUGCUUGAAAACGUGGCGUGCCAAAGCGGAUGCGGCAAAUUUAAAAGGUCAUACGCGAUUAAAUGGACAGCACUAAGUCCGUUUCGCAAUGGAACCGCUAUGGCAGCCUUUUUCGACUUCUACCAGGACGGGAUUUUGGACUGCAUCCUGGUCACUUACAAUGGAACGCACUAUCAAGCUGGUGCGUUCAAGAACAGCUUGGAUUACGACGCGAACUUUAUAAAGGUGAUGGUUUUAACUGGGCUGACCAACAAACAUAGUCAGAUGAUUAAUGGACGAGUUGGCAAGAAAAGGAGAACUUAUGGAACUAAUUUGCCAGGUCCAUCAAUUUCGUACAAAACAACUACCCAAGAAGGGAACUUGAGGCACGGCGUAUCGCCUCAGAUGCCCCAAUCCGCGCAUUUCAGUUUAAAUCUCCCAUAUACCAUUUUCGGUUUGGGACGCACCCCCAACUUUGUGGACUCAGUCACUGUGGGACUCUCCAAUAAUUCCAGAUGCUGGACGCAAAUUAUUCCCAAUUCCCAAAUGGUGGUGAUUCCAUGGCCGGUUAAUCAGGCAUGGAAAUGGAAAGCUCAGCUAUUCGUGACUCCCAGCAAGCUGAUUCUCAUGUCAGUGGCUGCUUUGACUGCCGUUUGCGGCAUGAUUACUGUGAUAAUUGGGGUGCUGCAUUGGAAAGAGAGGCAGGAGGAUAAAAAGGAGCGACUCUCCGAAAGCCACAGGUUUCACUUCGACGCUAUGUAGGUAUUUUGCAGGCGAAAUGUUACUGGCUCGGGUCGCGCUUCUAAAGUGUACAUAUAAGAGGUUUCAUCAAUGCUUUUCACUUUUUUCGCAAAUUUCUAUUAAUGAGAUGAGGUCGCUCAUACAAAAGUCUUAAUACUAAUGUAAGAUUAUAAUUUAUAAUUAGUUCACAACAGUUCUUCACACUUAUUUCAGUCUGUCCAAGAUAAGAAAUUAGUUUAAUGCAGUUUUUAGCACUGUUUUAGUUGAAAGCUGCAUUUUUAUCGUACAAUCCCUUCCUACAUACAUAAAAUUUAACGUUUCAUGAGUGUAAUGCUGUUUAUUCUAAACGCUUAUAGCAGAAUAAAACUACCUAUCGAAGACAGUCAAUAGGUAAGCAAACCUUUAGCUAUACUUUCAAAAAAAACUAUUUAAAACAGAUUGACUGAACUGGAAAACAUUAUUUGUGUGUUAUUAUUCUUCCCAUUAGUGUUUCCUAACUUCAAUUUGGGAGUAAUGUUGCGAGAUCAUUAACUCAAAUGAUUGAGUCUGAUCAAAUGAGGUAAGUUCCUUUUUAAUAGACAAAUUGCUUAUCUGAAGGUAAGAAAAAACCUUCUUAUCAAUAUCUGUUUGUUUUCAUAAUACAGCUUUUUAAAUGGCGAAUAAUAAGUUUUAAAUUGCGGAAAAAUGCAAAAAGCGACGUUUGACGAAAACAACCUUUAAAUCUUUAAAUAUUUGUUUGUUCCAUUGGUAUCACCGCAUGCCGCAAACUGUUCUUUCCGACACGACGAAAUCCACAAUAUAUGCCAGACCCAAGCUAAUUAGUUUAAAUCGCAAACAGAAGACGAGAAGAUUUCGAUCAGAAGAGUAUGCUGAUCAGAAUAUUGAAUCUCCACUAUUAUGUAACGAUUUUCAUCAUCAUUUUUAAAUCCAUGCUUUUCUGCUCUUGAUCUUCUGUCUGUUACAAAACCAGUAUAUUUCUGUGUAUUAAAAUAAUAUUAUUUAAUUUGCAAACCUGCACUGAUCACCGUUUUGCGUCAUUGCAAGUGAAUUAUUAUUCACCCAAAACGUAAAUAUGAAAAUUGUAAACUUGAUUUCUGGUAAAUUUUGCCUUGUCGGCAACUAAAAUUAUAUAAAAUCUAAUAUAGCAGGCAUUUACACAUUUACGUUACACAAAAGGUAUAAAAACUGAUCCGGUUUUUCAUCAUUUAAAGAACUGUACUAACAAGAAAGUUUUCGAAUUAGUGUUUUAAUUAAAUUUUAAUUUAAUUUGGUUGCUUUUAUAUCCGGAUUAUCCUCUUAAAAGUUGAUGUUUGGUCUUGGCAACCCUGUAUAUCAAGGCAAAUAAUGCUUUUUUGUCAAGCUAUUAAAAAAUAUAUUUUGCGCAUUGAUGUAUAGGUCCAAAAAUGGUAUUUUAGGUUUUGAAAAUUGUAAUACUUUCUUUUUUUAUUUAUGCGGACGUUUGUUUUUUUUACAGUGUUUUUAUUUUUAUCUUGGACAUACUGUGAAUGUGAUAGUUACAUUAGGUUUUUUGUUAACAUAUUUAUAUUGAUAUUUAAAGAGAAUAAAUGUUUUUUUUAUACA